AUGAAUGCAAAGAGUGUUCUGACAAUAACUGAGCGAUUGAUUCGUAAUACAGUUAAAAUUCACAGAGCCAUCGAUCGCUCGAUGAGUGAACGAUUAUCGAUAACAAUAGAUCACUUUUGGCUAACGUUUGUUUCAACGGUGGAUGUGGACGCCGUUCUAGGAAAGACGGCCUCACUGCCGUGUGACGUCACACCAGAUACGAAUGAAGACAGAGUAUACAUGGUGCUCUGGUUCCGAAAGAGCGGCGGCAAACCGAUAUACAGUUUCGAUGUGCGUGGGCGGUCGUUCAACAAGGCGUUGCAGUGGUCUGACCCUGGCGCCUUCGGUCCUCGGGCGUACUUCGCAACUGUCGCCCGACCAGCAGCUCUUACUUUGAAUUCGGUUCAACUUGACGAUGAAGGAGUAUAUAGAUGUCGGGUAGAUUUCAAAAAUUCACCGACAAGAAAUUUCCAGAUACGACUUAUUGUCAUAGUACCGCCUCAUCAGAUGUUGUUGUACGACAAAUCAGGAGCAGACGUGUCUGGCGUUGUUGGUCCUUUAGAGGAGGGCUCGGCUUUAGUUCUCAUUUGUGAAGUGCGUGGAGGUCGUCCAGAACCUAUAGUAACGUGGGUAAUAGAUGGAACACCAGCUCCACAAUACAUCGGUGAAAAGACGGACAAUCACGUUGUAGUCAACAGGCUAGAGCUACAACAUGUGAGGAGAGAAGAUCUCAAUAAGACGUUUAAAUGUCGAGCAUCUAGUACGUUACUUGUACCGGCGCAGGAGAAAAUUGUUAGACUUGAAAUGAAUUUGGCUCCAUUGUCAGUAUCAAUGGCGAGUCGACCUCAGCAGCUAGUCGCUGGUGCUGCUGCAACAUUGCGAUGCAUCGCUGAAGGCAGCCGACCUCCUGCUCAAAUAUCUUGGUACAGAGAUAAUAGGAGAUUUCAAAAGGGAAAAAUAAGUAGUCACUCGAAUGAAACAUGGACGGUAUCCACGCUGAUUUUUAAUCCAGUUCCAGAAGACCACGGGACGACGAUAAAGUGCGUGGCUGUGAAUUCUGCUCUACCUGAAAAAACAAUAGACGAUCAAGUGAAACUUAAUGUCGUAUACAGUCCGUUAGUAACACUGACGCUUGGAAGCACUCUCAACCCUCACGACAUCAAAGAAGGAGACGAUGUUUAUUUCGAGUGUAAUGUGCGUGCCAACCCUAGGGAACACAGAAUAUCAUGGUACCACAACGAAAGACAGGUGACACAGAAUAUGACGUCUGGUAUCAUUCUUAGUACAAGAUCGCUAGUACUGCAGAAAGUGACGAGGCAAGAGGCGGGACAUUAUUCGUGCAGAGCCGCUAAUGCCAGAGGGGAAACUUCCAGUGAGAGCGUUAGACUUCGAGUACAGUACGCCCCAGUAUGUGGCAUGGUAUCGCCUCAGGUAGUGGGAGCAGCGUUAGAUGAAUCACUUCAUGUCCGUUGCUCAGUACAGGCGGAUCCCGCUGACGUCACAUUCCUGUGGCAGUUUAAUAAUAGUGGAGAGAGUUUUAAUGUCUCACCGGCCAGGUAUGGUACAUUAAAUGGCAGUACGAGCGAGCUUCGUUAUACGCCCGCCAGUGAUAGAGACUACGGCGCGCUGACUUGCCGAGGAACAAACACAGUUGGUCAACAAGCACAGCCUUGUGUCUUUCAAAUUGUACCGGCGGCUCGGCCGUCACCGCCAAGAAAUUGCACUGUAUCAACAGCCAAUGACUCCAAUUGGGUCGAAGAGUCAAUCAAAAAUGAAGCAAACGAUUAUUUUGUUGUGAGAUGCGUCGCUGGCUAUGAUGGAGGGCUGCCUCAACUGGUUGUUUUGGAGGCCUUAGAUUUUAAGACUGGGAUCGUCAGAUUCAACGUUACUGCAAACGAAACACACGGUGUUGCUGUGUUCCUGGUACCUGUGGAAGUGCUCUGGGCGAGCGGCAGCGCUUUGCGUCUCACCGUGCACUCGAAGAACGACAAAGGCGUCUCCGAAAGAAUUGUCAUACAAGCACUCUCUUAUCAGGACCCCGAAAGGAGGACAGAUGGAAGUCAAAAUCUUGUGGCGGGAAUGUCAAGUGGAGCAUUUUGGUCUAUCGUCCUUACUAUCACUCUUUGUACCAGCGUCGCGCUUUUAGCUGGGCUGUUUCUAAGGAGGAGACAAGCCCGUUCGUCUAGUAAACAACAUUCGCCUGGACUUCAAUUAAAUUCCGGCGAUGGACAAUAUGUUGUCGCUUACACACUGAAGCCGCCUAAACAAUCGCAGCCAGACAUUUUAAAUCCGCCACCCGACGGGAGCCCUCCAAACUUGAAGUGUGGGGUGGAGGCUGUCAAAAAUGGGACUCUUCACACGAGUGACGAGUGGAGCGAGCGAGUAGCGCGCGCGCCCGAGCGCCGCGUUAGCGCAUCGGAAAAAACCUUAACACCGUCGACAAAUACAGCUUCAAGUAAGCCCAUUACAAUAAGUACAUCAACGUUAAGUAGAAGGGGACAUCUCUUAGCAGAAGAAAUUCCUGGUCCAGAGAGUUGUGUAUAGACAAACGGUCUCUUAGUGAAAUUUGUAUUAAAUAAUUUAAGUAUAAAUUAUUUGUAUUGACUGUGAAAAAUGUGAUAAAUGAGUUGUAAAUAAUGUAAAUGAUGGAUAACAAUAAAACUUGAAACGAUGUGAAAAAAUC